AUGUCCAGGAUUCAUCCUUCUGAUCAGAGUAAAUGUCACGGCCAUUCGUUGUUAAAAGAUCACAAAGGCAGCAGGCGGCCACUUCAUGAGAAUGGUAAACAUCAUGAUCAAUAUUUAGCAGAUCCAUCUGUGCUCACUGUAUGGAAGAGAUCCAGCAUGAGCUUCCAGGGUACAGAUGGAUUCACUGUUUUUGAUCCACAUGGAACAUUAGUUUUCAGAGUCGACAAUUAUUCCAGGAAGAAUGGUUAUGGUCUUGUCCUUAUGGACGGAGUCGGCAAUGCUUUAAUUUCCUUGAAACGCAAGAUACUAAGCAUGCAAUACCAGUGGAAUGCAUACAUAGGAGAAGAUGGGUGCGAAAAGAACAAAGUAUUCUCAAUGAGGAGCCCAUCUGUGCUUUUACACACUGCAGGCCGGAAACAUGUAGCAGAGAUCUUCAUGGGAAGAAAAUUAGGCCAUCAUCAUCAGAACACACCAGAUUUCAAGAUUGAGGGAUCAUUUAGAUCGAGAGAUUGCAAGAUCGUCAAGACUUCUACCGGAGAAGUAGUGGCAAAGAUAUCUAGGAAGAGAGUGAAUAACACUACGAUUUUACUGAGCGAUGAUGUGUUUAGCAUGGUGGUACAACCUGGUUUCGACACCCAGCUUAUCAUGGCCUUUGUAAUUGUACUAGAUCGCAUCAGCAGCAAGCCUUUUUCUCCUGUUUUAUGUUCUUAA